AUGGGUCGCCUCCACAAGGACGAUCGCCCCGAUACGGCAGCAUCUUCUCACUCACUUCACUCUAUCGACGAUGACCUCCCACCUCCUUAUACCGAUGAACCCAACAUUGGCCCGAGUUCUCACACAUCUACCUCGGGCACUGCUCCCCUCCCAAUCCACCUCCGCCUCGUGGAUUCAGCCUACAUUCUCCCCGACUCCACUAUCAAGGCCGAUGAUAAGUGCGCGAUUUCACUCGCGCCAACUCUCUCGCGAAACAGCAAUGAAUUAUUCCACGCAAUCCGGCGGCAGAUGAAGUUGCCUCCGCGGCCAUUAAUCUACGUCAAAGGCACGCACACAGAAUCAAAGAGCAAUGCAAAGAAGGGAGCCAACAACAGCGUGACGGAUUUCGAGUUCAAGCUUGAUCUGGCCGAAACCAUGCUGACUGGAUGGGAGGGCGAAUCGCAAAUGGGCAUCAAAUGGGUGGAAGAGGAAGUUUUGACCGACGAGGAUCAUAAACCCGCUUUUCGUGGGGGAAGAUUCAAGUCGCGCACAUAUGUAGCGAAUUCCCUACGCGCACCUCACUCCGAGGAUAGCGAUGCGCUUCUCGCUUCUGAUUCAGUGCUUGGUGCCGAUGAUGCGCCCGAGCAACCCUCCACAAAUAAUGAAGCCCAGUUGAAGAUGUGGUGUGAACGGUUUUGCAAUGAUCCGUCAACUGUGAAAUCGUAUGUCAUCGUCUCCCGAGAAAUCCAUAUCGUCCUUAGCACUGAUACUAAUUUUCUCUCUCCUCGUCGCAGAUUCACGCUCCAUCGAAAAAUUAGUGGGUUCGAUUGGAAAGCGAUGCGCAAUGUACUCGCGUCACAUAUCCGCGAACUCAAUUACCUUGGCUCAGUCGCCUUCCAGUUCGAUAUUGCUCAACAGUCCGUCACCAUAUAUUCCCCCCAUUGGAUCAACCGUAUGCGUGCCAAUCGUUACAUUUGGUGGGCCUUCGUGAUUCUCCAGCUCUGGAUCAUUGCAUGGCCUAUUAUUUGGUUUAUGGAAAGCCGGUAUGAGCUGGUCCAUACGCGCUGGCAUUCUUCUGUUAGCUUUGAUAUGACCGGACUAUCCAAGGAGUAUGCACGCGGUCGUGAUGAGGCCACUCUUGGUGAAUUCUGGGCACCGGCUGUGAAACGAGCGGCGUGGAGCAAGCGAUGUGGACAAGGAAAUACUUUGACCAGGAUGGAUGCCGAGCGGGUCCAAGGGUUGACUCAAAACCAACUACUUGGGUUGGAGCAAAGAACAGACUCCGAGGCAGAGCAAGAGCGACGUGGUCGAAUCAAUAAUGGCAACGGUGGCUUCAUGGAUCAUGUUGUUGGAUUUGUUCGUGGAGUUGGUGAAGUUGGACAGGAUUGGAGAUUGACGAUGGGCUGGGGAGGCAACUCGUAA